CUGGAGUGGGUGGCGGCGGGAGGGACACAUGAGUUGCCAGGCACUGCUGCUACCGCUGCUGCUGUUGUUGUUGUUGUUGGCGAUGAUGGUAACAAGGAGGAGGAGGAGAUGCCGGAGCUUGAUUCAGAUUCAGACAGCUCGGCCAGUUCCUCGGACGACCACGAGAAAGUGGCCAGAAAAACACUCACAGGCCCAGUCCUGCUUGGGAAUGGGGAGGGCGAGGAUUACUACCACACACCGGGUCUCGAGUUCCGACGGGGUGUGCUGUAUGAGGAUGCUCGGCUUGACCUAUGCAAGCAGGUUGUCGGCCCUGACCACAUCGGGGCCUUGAUGCAGUCCCUCCGCACAAACACGUUCGUCCGGCAUUUCCUGCUCGGCAACAACAUCAUCGGCCCCGUAGGUGCGCGCGCAAUCGGGGACUUCAUACAUGACUUCCCCAAUCGCAUGGACACAUGGUACCUGGCUGGCAAUUGCAUCGACGGCGCCGGCUUCAAGGUCCUCGUGGAUGCCAUGGUCAAGAGCACAAGUGUUACAAAUAUCUGGCUCAAACGAAACCCGCUCGGGGCGGGCUCCGCCAAAGACCUGGCCAGGCUCAUCACGCAGUGCCAGAACCUGCGGACUCUUGAUCUGGACCAGACUGAGCUCGGGGAUGGCGGCGCAGCCGAGUUGUUCGGACUGCUGGCUGGGUACCAACCUGAGGAGGGUGAGGCACUAUCCCUCUGCAACCUCUACCUGAAUGGGAUAGGCAUCUCGACUCGCGCGGCGGCCGCCCUGGGCAAGUUCCUCGCCAGCCCGGCCGGAGCGCUCGUCGAGAGCAUAUACAUGUCCUGCAACCCACUUGGAGAUGCCGGCGCGGUCGCCCUCGCCGAGUACCUGCCACGGGCAAAGUCGUUAAAACGCCUCGUCAUCCAAUCCAUCGGCCUCGGUGCCGACGGCGCCAUUGCGCUUUGCACAGCCCUGGGACGCCACCAGUCCCUGUCUGUCCUCGACCUGGGCCAGGCGUAUGCCACCGCGGACCUGGGAGCAGGAUACAACUACAUCACCGACGAGGCGGCGAGCGCUAUGGUUUCGCUUGUGCGCGACUGCAAGUCCCUCCAGUACUUCAACCUUGGGCGUUGCGCCCUCUCUUUCAACGGUCUGGCGUGCGUCAUGCAGGCUGCGGCCGGCUCUGAAAGUCUGCUUGUCUGGCAAGGGAUUUCCCUGGUCAAGGACGCAAUUUCUCCGAUUGUGUCGCCCGCGCUGAGCUAUCCGCUGAACACCGCGACGAUAUUUGGUGCAGACGGCAUGAAUCAAGUCUCCCAAGCCAAUAUGCACGUUCUCGAGUCAGACAUCCGCCUCCGGCUGGAGCGCAACGUGCGGGCACGCUUUGGCGAGGACAAGAGCUACAGCAGCUUCUGGGAGAAUGAGAAGCGCUGGGUGUUAAGCGACCAGCUGGACGUGCGGAAAAUCGACUCUGUCUAUCGCACCCGCGACGUGCGCAAAGCCCGGAGAGGCGAGAUGGUGCUCGUCAAGCUGUGGGAGGACGACGACGACACACUUGACCGGGUCAUGGGCCAGGUCACGAGCAAGCCCGGGCUGGAGGGAGUCAAGGUCUCUGGACCCGUCUGCCCGCUCAAGAAGCUUCGGCUGGAGCAGCAGAAGGCGCUUAUGGCCCAUGCAUGAAACAGAGCGCUCAGACUGUGCGGAAGGAGCUUGUUGUCAUGGUGUGGCAGCUCCUGUCCGAAUCUCUGUGCAUAAUCCAAGAGUGCAUAGGAUUUGAAAAUCCAAGUAGCAAGCAAUAUAUCAGCGCUUUGAAUUAUCCCAAAGUGAAC